AUGGCCGAGCACAGUCUUAUUUCAUCUGAGCAAUGGCUUCAGCUGCAUGGGCUUAAGAGCAAGAAGCUGAGCUUGAAGCAGAUCUUGUCCCAGAUUGGAUUCCCACAGUCCGAAGAUUAUGUGACUUCUUUGAGGAGACUCGUGACUUCUCGGUAUGCUGAUGGCCUCUUCCCACAGUUCUACACAACAGAAGAUGGCAGGCUGUACAAUCUGACAGCGAAGUCAGAGCUGAUCCACCGGUUUGUGGAGCAUUUAACACAGGCCGUGGAGAGCUAUAAGCAGCGGAUGGACUGGCUUACCAGCAGGAGCCGGCAGAUUUUUGGUGUCAUCUUGGAACAGAGCAUCACCAUAGUACUGGAUUUCAGUGACAUUUUGACGGAGGAGCUCAAUCUGUGCCAGGAUGCGCUGACAAUGGUCCUCCAGGAGCAGGUGGCUCUCAUCACCAAGUUCAACAUCAUCUGGGUUUCUGGAGAGCCAGUGAAAUGGCAGGCGUGUGCUACCUCUGUGACCGAAGACGCCAUAGCUGCCGCCAUCAGCUGGGUGGAGAAAAUGGCUUUUGAGCCAGUGGCUGUGGGAGAGGUUAGCUGCCUGGAUGCUCUGCGGGAAGCUGGGAAAGACGAAACUAUCGAAGCCAUUUACUACUUCGUGGUGGGGGAUAUUCCGGAGGAUUCCCAGGAGCGUCUUCUCCAGAGGGUUUUGGAGAUCCCAUAUCCAGUCUGCACAGUGUCCUUCAAUGCCAGAAGAGAAGGAACUGUAGCUUUCCUAAAAGAUCUGAGCGCCAAGACUCACAGCAGAUUCCACGCCUUUGCUGAGAGAACAGAGUGUCUAGAAUUCUCUGCAUGUUCCACAAAGGAUGUUGACAGCGCAGGGUCUUGGAAUUCAAGGAAACUGAAAGGGAGACUCCCUCCAGGUGCUGGUGUCAGAGAGGAUGUGUUUCUCAUUUGGAGAGAAAUGGAAGAAGCCUGCAACACACUGGUUCAGAUCCAGAAUCUGGUGGACAAGUCUUCUCAGUCGGAUGUGGUCCCCGAAGGCUGCAGAGCAACACCUGCCGAGAAUAAAGAAAACACAGAAGACACCUGGGAUUCUCAGCAGUGGCUCCAGAAAUACAGCUUGAAGGCCCAGAAACUGACCUUUUAUGAUGUCCUUACUGACUGCUCCUUCCGCCACGCUGAUGGAGUCGUUGACAUAAGAGCCAAACCGGAAGACGAGUCUGUGCAGACCAGUGCGGACUCCAAUAGGAAGACAAUCCAUGCCAAAUACUGCAACAGAUUCAUCCACGUUCCCUGGAAGGAUGGGAGCUUGGUCCACGUCAGCAUCACCAAGGAGAAGUGCAGAUGGUACAGUGAGAGAAUUCACACAGCCCUGGCCAGGAUCCAGAGGAGGAUUAAGUGUCUGCAAGAUGGGAGUAGAGCCCUCUUUGGGAAAGUGUAUGGAGAUUGCGUCUACGUCCUCAUUGAUACAUCUCACUCAAUGAAGAGCAAACUGGACCUGGUGAAGGAUAAGAUCAUCCGGCUCAUACGGGAACAGUUGAGAUACAAGCGUAAAUUCAAUUUUGUGGCCUUUGAUGGUGAGGCAACUGCUUGGCGGGAAAAACUUACUGAAAUCAAUGACGAUCAUUUGGAACAGGCCGAGUCGUGGGUUAGAAACAUCAAGGCUGGAAGUUCCACAAAUACCCUGAACGCCCUGAAAAUUGCUUUUGCUGACAGAGAAACAGAAACCGUCUACCUUUUGACGGAUGGGAGACCCGAUCAGCCACCAGAAAUGGUGAUGGACCACGUCAAACUUUUCCAGAAUAUUCCUAUCUAUGCCAUCUCCUUCAAUUACAAUGAUGAGGUUGCGAAUGAGUUCUUGAAGGAGCUAGCCUCUGUGACCGGAGGAGAGUUCCGUGCUUAUAAUUUUGGCUGCAAGGAUCUCAUCCCCCAGGAUAUUCAGGAUGAAGACAUGAACCUUUUGAUCCAGGAGAUGCAACAGGGCUACAGCGACCUGGAGAAGAUGCAGGAGCUUUACUCUGAGUCCUUAGUCAUGGACUGGUGUUACAACGGAGAAAAGGGGGGAGGCUUCAAGCAUCAAAAGGAAAUCUGCUCCAUGGUUUCAACCCCAGAAAAUUGUGCAAACUCUCAACCGGAUGCUGACUCAAUGGCUGUUUUGCCCCUAAAAGUGUUUAAAGGACCAUGGGAAGUUUUGAAUGGAAAGACACAGAAAAAGAAACUCCUGCAUGCAGAAUCGACCAGAACCAGCCUACUCAGAAGCCACAUAGCCACCUCCAAGAGCUGCAGUUACACUAAGGACAGCUCCAACCCCAGCAGCUGCGUCACUACUGCUCCGAGUGACAGAGAAAUGAGUACCCUGUGCAUGAAUAAGCACCUAGAUGACAAAUUGUCUGAAAGACUCGCCCGAAAUGGAAACCACGUUACUGGCCACACCUCUGCAGACAUGUCCUCUGAAAACUGGCUCCAAACGCACAGCCUGGUGGCCAAGAAGCUCACCAUCAUGGAUGCCUUGGCUGGGACGGUAGUGCCCCACAAUGCCACCUAUGUCCCCAUCCUGAAUAAGCAUGUUUCCUCCAAGGUCUUCAGUGAGGUGUCCCCUCUGGCACAUAUGUGCAAUGACACCAAUAAGAUGGUAUUAAUUAACCCCCAAGGAGUCAAAUUCAAUAUCUACAAGCAAAACGUGGAACAGGCCAUUAAAUCCUACGAAAAACGCUUAAAUAAAAUCGUCUGGCAAGCACUGUCCCAAGAGGAAAAAAAUAAGUUGGACGCCAUCAAGCCCCUACAAUACUUGGAAAACAAGGCAGUUUUAAACAAAGCCCUGGAGCGCCUGAAUUGGCCCAUUUCCUUGAAAGAGCUGUCGCUGCUGGAAAAGGAAAUAUUGGCUGGGAAAAUGUACAUCCAGCAGGCGAUGGAGCUCCAGGAGGCUGCCAGGAAGAACUGCAUGAACAAGACCCUGGAGGAGCAGCAGAAAUCACAAGGGUGUCCAACAAAGAAAACCAAAUCAAGGAAAGUAGAUCCCCUCAAAGGCCAGAAGGUCAUUGCCAGAUGUGAGGAGAAUGGCUUCUAUUUUCCAGGGGUCGCGAAGAAAUGUUUGAGCUCCACCCAUGCACUGGUAGACUUCAGGUUCGGAGAAACCAAGGUGGUGCCCAUCUCCUUCAUCAUACCAGUUGGAGGUGCCACGCCCUGCCCACAACUUCAGCUUGGGGAUUAUGUGUUUGCCAAAAUCAAGACAAAUAAAGGAUUUGAGUUCUAUGUCCCCGCCAUCGUCAUAGCACUUCCAAAUCGGGAUGUGGCUUCAGAGAAAUUCUACACAGUUUUAAAGUGUAACAACCGCAGAGAAUUUUGCCGUCGGAGUGCACUUAUAAAGAUCAGCCAAAACAAGUAUGCUCUCUCUUGCUCUCAUAUAAAUGCAUCCCAGGUUGAGAAGGACCAAGCAAUGAAAGAAGUGGAGUCAAGGAAACCUUCCCGACUCUGGACAGUGAUUGAAGAAGACACAGGAAAUUUAAAACAGUCGAGACAAGAGGACCUUAAAAAAAAGAAAAAGAAGCCCACCAAGAGGUCACCUUUCCGGGAGAUGAUGUCCUCGUAUUCAGAUGGCUCUUCCCAUGGCACCAGGUCCCCAGAGUCUAACCCCCAAAACCUUCCAUGA